AAGCCCGGGGAAACACGGCCGGGGGGGCUCGACCCCGCACCCCAGUGGGGCACAGCCCCAGGGCACCGCCGCACUGGCAAAGCCCGGGAGAGGGCUCGGGGGGCCCGUUGGCUUUGCAUGCUCAGGCUGUCGCCAGCCCCGCUGCCACCACUCUCCCACCCUCCCUUGCCCUCCAAAAGGCAGGAGGGGGCUGGCGGCUGCCAGAGCCAGUGCGAGAAGCAGCACGGCAGGCGUGCGGGAGGCAAAGCCCGGGCUCAGCCGGCCAGGGAGAGGGAAGAUGAGCACAGAGGACGCUGGCAAUGGGACCUCUCCCACCCCACCUCUCCUUGGGCUUCUGGUUUCAACCACUGAGCUCGUCCUGCCCAGCCCUGCAUCCCCUGAGAAGGCAGACCCACUGCCCAUCAUCGUUGCACUCGUCUGCAUCUUCAUCCUCCUGGCAACCUUCCUCAUUUUUGUCACCCUGUGCAAGCCAGCAGCGCUGGAACAGUCGGGCUCCAGGCCCCAGGAGUUCAUGCCCCAUCACCCAGUGGAUGCCAGCGAGCCCCAGCUGAGGCUCUGGAAGCGGCUGGGCUCCCUGCGAUGCUCCAUCAACACCUUCAGGAGGAGUCGGCCGGUGUCCCAAAGCCAGCUCACCUGCCCCAGGAGCUCCCCCACUAGCCAGGACUGGGACAUCAUGGAGUCCACCAAAAUGUGACCCUGCUCUGCAGGAAUCAACUCACUCCACACCCCUAUUCUUCCCCAAGCUUUUGGUUCAGGCUCCGUUCCCUCCUCAGGCAUCCCCUGGGAUCCUGGGCAUCCCGGCAGAGCCCCUCUGAGCAGCUCAUUUCCAUUGAUGACAGGAGAUUUUGCUAUUUCAGGUUCCCAAAUGCUUUCCAGGUUACUGUUUCCUGGCAGGAAAGGUGGAGGCAUCCGAACUACACCCACACACAGCUAUCACCAGGCAGUCCAAAAAAAUAUUGCUGCUUAAUUUCUUUUGGAAAACAUUGUGCAAGUUGAGCGGCACCUGAACAAACAGCCUGGGUGAGAGCAGGGCAACCUGGCUGCCUAACAAAUACCGCCUUGAAGAGAGGCAUCCUGGGGCAAACACGCUCCACAAAAAGCAAGCCUCAGCUGAAACUGCCCCCCAAGAUGUGCUCCUGAGCAGAUGGAGGAAGGCUCAUGCCCCCCACAUGCUGCCCAGUCCCUGUCGCCCCCCUCCCCGUGCAGCGAGUCGUGAGUUGCUGCGGUUGAUGCUUGGAAGGAUGCAUGCUACAGCUGUCUGCUGGAAACCUGCUUCAAUAAAUGAGCAGCAGGAGCAGGUAAACAUGCCUGUAAAUAUAUUAAAGAGGCCUUUUGAAGCUCGCAGCCGCUGCCAGCUUGGAAAGCCACCAUGCAAAGUUGAGCUGCGCGUUUCUGCUGGGAAAGGGCACAACAGCCAGCAGGUAACCCGAUGUGCUUGAAGGAAUCAAUAAGAAAAAGAAAAAGUGGCUUAAGUCUUCCAGGUCUGCAGCUCACACUACGUUCAGCCAUCAAGUUCACCCCUUUGGACAAAGUCUCUGUGUCUGGUGAGGCCCUGCGGUGAGCACCAAGCCCCACGUCUUUGGAUUUCACGUGGUUUCUGACCCUUGUGGGGAGCAGCUCUGCAUCAGGACCUCCCUGGGCUGCCUGGGACAUCCCAUCUCUCCUCCAGCUUUAGGCUGCUUGGCUUUCAGAGAAGGGGAUGGGGAAACUUUCAAAAACCCUCUUGUUGCCAUGGGAAUGUGGGGAUGUAUUUGAAGAGGGAGACCUUUGGUAGGAAUGGUUCACACUUAAAGUGUAAAUUAAACUAAACCCAGGUGAUUGCCCAUUUCCGUUUCCCUCUGAUUUUUUUCUGUGGAAAACUGACUUCCCCCAAAUACUGCCUCUCCUUUGCCACAGACUUCAGGGGCACACCCCUCUUUUGGGAAGCGUGCUCUGAGAAAAGGGGACUUUGAUGUCAGACUUGGCUUUCCUCCAUUUGAUUUACAAAAAUGGCUCAGUUUUAGGAGUCCCCCAGCAUGGCCUC